AUGCAACAGGGCCGAGCGAGAUUCACUCUGAUCAACGCGGCAGUUUUGUUUCAAUUUGGUUUCAAUCUCGGAAAAAAAAAAAAAAAAAAAAGUGGACAGGCAAGAAACCUUAGAUCAUGUGAGCACAAAAAAAAAAAACAACAAAAACCGACGGAGGAGUCUGGGUUGCCCUGCUCGUCGGGGACAACUGUGGAGAAAGCAUAUCCCAACGGAGGAUGGCGAAAAUACUCGCUGUGACGGGAUAAAAGACAUUUUAUUAUCAUCAUCAUCAUCAUCAUCGUUAUUUGUUUUGUUUCUGAUGCGGUGACAGCGCUCUGCACGGUCCGAAAACGACGCGCGGAAGGCGCCGGGAUUCCCUUUGUCCCCCACGUGUGGAUGAGCCGUGGAGAAGACUCAAGGUGUGCAUGUGAAACUGUCGUGGUUGGACAGUGAGGGAGAUACACGAGGAAAGAUGAGGAAGAGCAGGAGUGUUCUCACAGUGUCUCCCAACAAUGACGGCAAAGAGCCUCCAGAUUGCUGCCUCAGUGAGUCUUUUACUUCCCCGUCCUGCACACUGGGGGUCGAUCUGCGCCGGGGCAGACGCCGUUUCUCAGGCAACCUGCAGCUACCCCCGUUGUCAUGGCGUCAGGGGGAAAGGUCGCGAACGCCCGACGAGGAGAUCAUGGCCAGGCCAACAUCCCUGCCGUUUGGAGCCCCUCCCCGGAUAGACAUCACGCCGGUUGAUGCUGAAUGUUUCGAUGUGGAGAAUGGCCCAUCUGCCAGCUGCAGCCCCCUGGACCCCCAGGCCUCCCCCGGCUCUGGUCUGGUCCUCCACACUAACUUCCCCGGUCAUAACCAGCGUCGAGAGUCCUUCCUCUACCGCUCUGACAGCGACUAUGAUCUGUCACCCAAGUCCAUGUCACGAAACUCCUCCAUCGCCUCCGAACUACAUGGUGAUGACCUGAUCGUAACACCUUUUGCUCAGGUUCUGGCAAGCCUUCGAAGUGUAAGGAAUAACUUCACUGUGCUGACCAACGUCCAGUGUGCCUCCAGCAAAAGGUCUCCAGCAGCAACAACUCAGCCUCCAAUCACCAGAGUUUGUCUCCCAGAUGAGGCGUACCAGAAGCUGGCUAUGGAAACGAUGGAGGAGCUGGACUGGUGUCUGGACCAGCUGGAGACCAUCCAGACCUACCGCUCUGUCAGCGACAUGGCCUCCAACAAGUUCAAGAGAAUGUUGAAUCGGGAGUUGACGCACCUAUCUGAGAUGAGUCGGUCUGGGAAUCAGGUUUCCGAAUUCAUCUCCAACACCUUCCUAGACAAACAGAAUGAGGUGGAGAUCCCGUCGCCGAUGUCCAAGACACGAGAGAAGAAGAAGCAGCAGAAGCAGCAGCUGAUGACACAGAUCAGCGGGGUCAAGAAGGUCUCCCACGGGCCCUCGCUCUCCAGCAGCAGCAUCUCUCGCUUCGGUGUUAAGACCGAUAAGGAGGAGCUGCUGUCCAAGGAGCUGGAGGAUCUGAACAAGUGGGGCCUGAACAUCUUCACUGUUUCGGAGUACUCCAACAACCGACCUCUUACCUGCAUUAUGUAUGCCAUUUUCCAGGAGCGAGACCUGUUAAAGACAUUUAAGAUCCCGAUGGAUACGUUUGUGGCCUACAUGAUGACAUUGGAAGACCACUACCAUUCGGAUGUGGCCUACCAUAACAGCCUACAUGCUGCUGAUGUGGCCCAGUCCACACACAUCCUCCUCUCAACUCCAGCCCUGGAUGCGGUCUUCACAGAUCUUGAGAUCCUCGCAGCCAUCUUUGCUGCAGCUAUCCAUGAUGUUGACCAUCCUGGAGUAUCAAACCAAUUUCUAAUCAAUACCAACUCUGAGCUGGCGCUGAUGUACAAUGAUGAGUCUGUGCUGGAGAACCAUCACUUGGCUGUGGGAUUCAAACUACUACAAGAGGACAACUGUGACAUCUUCCAGAACCUCACUAAGAAGCAGAGACAGUCCCUACGCAAGAUGGUCAUCGACAUGGUUUUGGCCACUGACAUGUCCAAACACAUGAGUCUGCUGGCUGAUCUAAAGACUAUGGUGGAGACUAAGAAGGUGACAAGCUCUGGAGUGCUGCUGCUGGACAAUUACACCGACAGGAUACAGGUUCUGCGUAACAUGGUGCACUGUGCUGACCUGAGUAACCCCACCAAGUCCCUGGAGCUCUAUCGUCAGUGGACUGAUCGGAUAAUGGAGGAAUUCUUCCACCAGGGAGACAGAGAGAGAGAGAGGGGGAUGGAGAUCAGCCCCAUGUGUGAUAAACAUACAGCCUCAGUGGAAAAAAGCCAGGUGGGUUUCAUCGACUACAUUGUGCACCCUCUUUGGGAGACUUGGGCUGAUCUAGUCCACCCAGACGCCCAGGACAUUCUGGACACGCUGGAGGACAACAGGAACUGGUACCAGAGCAUGAUCCCCCAGAGUCCCUCCCCUCCCUUCUAUGACCAGGGCACGCACGGACACAGUGGAGGCACUGGAGGGCAGGGAGGCGGAGAGAAAUUUCAGUUUGAGCUGACCUUGGAGGAGGAGGACUUGGAUGGAAUAGAGAAAGAUGGUGAAGAGGAGGAUGAAGAGGAAUUAGAAGGAGAAGAAGAAUUAGAUGAAGAGGAGGAUAGUCUAGGAGAUUCUCGAUCUCCUCCCCUGGACUAUUUAGAUGGCCAGGGGGCUGAGGAGGGCCAUAUGAUGGAGCCCACGACAGCAAUAGAAAUCGUGACACACGAGGCAUCACCCACAGAUACAUAGGGCUUCCAUCACAAGGCUCACAUGGUGAUUUGAAAGUUUUUGGAGAAGAGGGGAAAUCUCUCUUGCAGCUGUGCUUUUUAAUAAGCCCACAGAAGCAGGGGCUUAGUUUUGGCACACACAGGGGCAUCUUGCACUUGGGUGUUUGAAGCCAGACAUGGACGGACAGUUUCAGUGAAGCGGCUUCAGAGUUCUCAGGAAAUAAUUACUGCGAACAUUUUAGGCUUGGUGGACAGACAAGACUGAGGGUGGAACUUGAAGGAUUUCGGCCAGUUUGGGAAAAUGGUAACUUUUCUUUUCUGGACUGGCAUUAAAUGGACAUUGACACUACUGAGAGAAGUUUUUUACCUUAAGACUUUUUUACAGAUAUGAUAUGAUCUAGAAGUAGCAUAGAGUAAGAUCUACUGAUGGAGACACGUUUGUAUAGCAAGAGAAAGUGUUUACUUUUUUCCUGUACCAUUUGUCAAAAGACUUCUGUGUGCCUUUUUUACUAUUGUCUUUAUAAUAGUUUUUUUAUUUAUUGAACACUCUAGUAUGUCUGUGAAAUUUUUUUUUUUCUUAUCUGAAAGAGCAAAAUCUUUUUUUGUAUGUUAAAAAGAGAAAAGUCUUCCAUGUAUUGGGCAAUAGAGAAAUCCAAACAAAUGUCGACAAACAACUCUCGGACAAACUCAUCUAAAUAGGGAAACAUGAACAUCCACAUUCUACGCACAUUUUAUUACAUUUGUUUUCAGUCUGAGCACAACAUUUUUCUUUACACAUGCAAUUCAAACGCUUACCGUCACUCAUGGUUCAUGUUUUAGUUAGUUUGAUGCUUUCUAUGACAAAUGUCAGUCAGUGAACGUCACUCUGAAAUACAUCGCAUCUAUUUUCAUACUACAUCUUCUUCACUCGUCUUUUCUUUUCUCUUUUUCUUUGUAACAGUCUGCAGACCAUUGGGGCUCCCUACCUUUUCACACCAACCUUGACUUUUAAUGCAAAAUACCCCCCUAGUGAGGAUAUAAAGUCCUUAAAUUGCAACUAUAUGGUCAGAUAUUCCUGCUAAACUUUCAGUGUAAAAUUAUUGGCACAUUUUAUUUACACAAUUUUGUAUUUUCAUUUUUGCAGUUGUUGUCGUGUUGGUGUGACAAUGUGGUUAGCCCAGUCCAAACCCUCAUAAACUACAACCUACCACUGGAUAAAGUUAGCAGAAAUAUGAGCAGGACUAGAAACAAACAGCCCAUGACAACAGGCUGCUUACAUGUAUGAUAAAAUCGGAAUAGAAGUCUGCCAAGGACAAAAUGCACAACAGCGGUGAUUCUAUUUUUUGCCCACAGGUAUGCUGUGUUCUUAAUAAUCCUGUUGGUUGGAACAGGUCCUGACCCCAGACCCAUCUGACAUAACGCCCCCCUGCCCCUCUGCAAUCAGGCCCACACCAGAUGAUUAAAGGUGCUCUUACAGCUGCCUGUCUGAAAGGCGCUCUCAGACCCUCAUCAGCGCCGCCAUUCACAUGGUUUACAAACCCCUCUGGGCUCCACGGACACGACCCCAAAACAAUCAGGCCAGCUAUUUCUUCCUCGCGAUAAAAUCCCUCAAGUGCUGCGUCUGCUCAUUGACGUCAAUUGAAUUUUUCCCCCUCCCCCUCGACUGUAUCAGGUUUCCAGGACAGUCGGGUUAUUAGGACUUGGCACAGAUGGAAUUGCUGGAAUCAGCAUGGCAGACUGUACUCUGUAAAAAAAAAAAAAAGGGCAAUAAUUAGGUGUUCUAGUUUUAAAACAAACCAAAAAGAAAAAAAAAAUCUCUUUUUGUUUCUUCACUAAUCCAUUGGUGAAGAUGGGGUGAAAAUGGUUUGCAGACAUCGCAUUUCUACUCCUGUGGCUUCCACAGCUGAAUUCUCUGGAUGUUCUGGUUGCAUUUGUAAUCACAUCUCUCCAUUUUCAUAUUGGUUUACUGAUAUACUCAAAAGGUACUUCAUCUAAUUUCACUCGCAGCAUGCUUAAGUGGCAAUCGUUUGUGCGCAGUUUGUAUGUAUGUAAGGCUUUGUAUGCGUGUGUGUUUCUGUAUGUGUGUUUGGAUGUGCUGACCUAGUCAUCAGGCCUUACCCCUAUCACUCCACACCUUUGUCGCUACUGUUUGUCGCUAGGAGCUCAAGUUGGUCCUUUUUGCUGUUUAUAACAGUGUGUAUUUAUUCUAUUCUUUAAGCUUGUAAAUAAGAAAUACUGGUUCAGUGUAAAAUCUAUUUUAAUUUAUAUGCACUUGCAUUACCUGGAAGUGGUGGUGUCUAAUGUGUAGAAGACUCUGGAUUAGAGUCUUUUUAUAUAUGUAUUAUAUAUUGUUUUUAUAUUAUAUAUAUAUGUGUGUGUGUGUGUAUAUCUGUAUAUAUAUAGAUAU